AUGGCGUCCGCAUUUGCCGAGCUGCUGUCCCAAUCACGAGCUGUCCAGACCAGGAAAGGCCUCAUCCUCACUGGACUCCAGAACGACUUCUUAUCACCGGAGGGCAAGCUGCCGGUCAGCACCUCCACUGGCUUCCUCGACCGGCUGACCGAGCUCGUUAAGGAAUUCCGCGAGCAUGGCGACGUAAUCUGGGUUCGCUCGCACUUUGUGGAGAACCGCGCUGUCAACCAGGACGACGAGUCUGGUGAUACCGUGGUGGUCGGCAAUGGUGUGCGAGACAUAUCGCAAGUAGAUCGUCGGUCUACAUCUUCUCGAGCCAGCCCUGCUCGAUCGAAAAGUAACACCAAAGAUGAUCCGCCGUCGCCGUCAAAGAAGGCUCGAUUGUCAACCGAGACGGCUGGAUCACCUGCCUCAUCCGAGACCGACGACGUCACGGCGGGUUCAGAGGAGUACAGCGAGCCGGACGAAGAACUCUUCCUUACACGGACAGCCAACAGAACCCCAUGCUGCAUCCCGGGCUCAUUCGGCGCAGAAUACGCAAUCCAGAUCAAGGACCUGGUCGACCCACGGAAGGAUCUGCAGCUGAUCAAGACGUACUACUCGGCCUUCUCUGGGACAUCACUACUGAUGACUCUGCGCAUCAAGUUCGUUACGGAACUCUACAUCUGUGGAUGUACUACCAACCUGUCCCUCUUCGCAACCGCGAUGGACGCAGCACGCCACGGUAUCAGCAUCACGCUCGUGGAGGACUGUCUUGGGUAUCGUAAGAAGGACAGACAUGACGAAGCGAUCAAGCAGUUGCGUGAAAUCAUGGGCGCUCGUGUCAUCACCAGCAAGGAAAUUAUCAAGAGGCUGAAGAACCCGGCUGCUGAAUCUGAUGAAGAAGACGAAGAUGAAGAGUCGGAGGUUGCCGUUGGUGAAGAGGCUGGGAAGGCCGCUAUCGACGCGCUUGCAGUGGAUAGCGAUGACGAGGACCAGCAGGACGACCUGCUCGCAGCUCCAGUACGUAUGCCUCACCUACACGGCAGCACAUUUGCGCCGGCGCCGUCUUCGAGCCUAAGCUCACUUCCAGCUGCAGCAUCCCAAACCAGGUCAGCGCCUGGCACUGAACGUCGAGAACCUCCUAGCACUGGAGCUGCAGACGCAAGCCGUGGUACAAGCGACGGCCAACGAAGCGCCGCCGCCACGAGCCGAGCACCCGGCAGCCGUCGAGCAGAAACGCCCUAUUUCGGCGGCUGGAUCGGGCGAGCAACAGCCCGUCGUAGCAGCAUAGAGGGAGUGUCUGAGUCAUUAGAGGGAGUCACCGCAUACGAGCGAAUGGUUGAGGAAGACAAAACCAAAGCAACGGACACGGAAAUUUCGCGCAAGCAAUCGGCGCAGCAAGACUCUCCCACGUCGGUGCUAGACCAGGACACAUCUGACCAGCACGAACAAGCGAUGGAGCAAGCGAAGCCGAGAGACAGUGAUCCGACUCCACACACUCAAGCAAGCAAGCCCCUCCUAGGUGAAGACAAGCAAAAGGAGAGUGCUGGCUCACGUAUCCUCUACGACUUGCUACCACCAGAGCUGGCGGAGACGAUCUUCGACGCUCUCAACAACGAGAUCACAUGGCAAAAGAUGCAUCACCAAACAGGCGAAGUGCCACGCCUAGUCUGCUGUCAAGGAAGCAUUGGCGAAGACGGCAGCAUGCCGGUCUACCGCCACCCUUCUGAUCAGACCUUGCCCACCGAGCGCUGGACUCUCGCCGUCGACCAAGUCCGCAGAGCCGCAGAGCAGGUCGUAGGCCACGCAUUAAACCACGCCCUCAUCCAGCUCUACCGCGGCGGCACCGACUACAUCUCCGAACACUCGGACAAGACCCUCGACAUCGCCAAAGGCAGCUCAAUCGUCAACAUCUCCUUCGGCGCCUUGCGGAAGAUGCGCCUGCGUACGAAGCGGAGCGCAGGGCGCUCGUCUCAAACAUCCUCCCCACCGCCAGUCAGAACAACCUACCGCAUCCCCAUGCCCCACAACUCCAUGAUUACCAUGUCCCUCCCGACCAACGCAGAGUACCUCCACGGCAUCACCGCCGACAAACGCCCGGACUGCGAACUCGCCCCAGCCGAGACGGCUUUCGGAGGUCAGCGGAUUUCACUGACGUUCCGGAACAUCGCGACAUUCCUGAACGCCGAUUCGAGCAGGAUUUGGGGUCAAGGGGCUACAGCGAAGGAUAAGGAGAGUGCUAAGGUGGUGGUCAACGGGGAUGCUGAGCAGAGCGAACGGUUGGUGAAGGCCUUUGGGAAGGAGAACGCGGCGACGAGUAUUGCAUGGGAGUCGAUCUAUAGGGAGGGGUUUGAUGUGCUGCAUCUGAAGUGA